CAUGACAGAUGGAUGAUCUUUAUAUCUUUAAUACGUUUGCAGCUUCACAAAACCUCUUGAAAUGUAACUAUGAUUCAUUGUGAGUGGUCCAGGAGAACCUUUCCAUACAGGUUCUUGGUGGAUACCUGAACCUCGAGUUUCCAUGGCCAGAAUUACACUCAACCUGCCUAAUUUUAUAACGUCACAAUGGGGGAGGAUUCAACACAGCUUCUCAGCACGGCAGAUCACUGCAGCCAUUCUUUCCUUUGUUCUUUUGGGAGUGUUCCUGUUUGCUUUUAUCCAAGUGUACAUGGUUGGUUCUACAGGACAUCAGAGUAGUACGGACACACAUGGGUUUCAUCAACGGUCUGCCACCACAUAUGGUGGUGACAUACGUCCAGUCUUGGGGCCAGAUGUGAGAUAUGCUAUUGUGAUAGACUGCGGCAGCAGUGGAAGUCGUGUCUAUGUUUACUUUUGGCCUCCUCACUCUGGAAAUGCUAGAGAUCUGCUAAACAUUCAACAAUUAAUGGGGCAAGAUGGGAAACCUGUGGUCAAGAAAAUCACACCUGGAUUGGAUAAAUUUGAAGACAAGCCUGAAGAAGCAAAUGAAUAUAUCCGCCCAUUGUUGAAGUUUGCAGCCUCCUAUAUCCCAAAAGAACAACAAAAAGAGACAUUACUUUUUAUUCUUGCCACUGCUGGCAUGCGCAUGAUCUCUCCAAAAGCACAGAAAGCCAUAUUUAAUGAUCUGAAGACAGACAUUGCCGAAGAAUUUCCAUUUGUAAUAUCAGACAGCAAUUUAGAGGUUAUAAGCGGAAAACUGGAAGGUGUAUAUGCCUGGAUUGCUGUUAAUUAUGCACUUAGAAAAUUUGACCACGGCGAGGAAGAGCACCCUCUGGUGGCAGUAGAGGUUCCUGGAGAGUCAGCCAAAAAGACACAUAUCCGCAGGCGGACAGUUGGAAUGAUAGAUAUGGGGGGAGGCUCUAUGCAAAUCGCCUUUGAAAUCACAUCUAAGUCUGCUACAAUUCCUGCACACAGACUUGUCGAAUUCAACCUCGGCUGUCAGCAAAAUGAUUUUGAUCACACAUACAGAGUGUAUGUAUCUACCUUUUUGGGAUUUGGUGCUAAUGAAGCACGGGAUCGCUAUGAACAGAUGCUGACAGCAAACGCUGAUCACUCAAAUGUUACAGAGAGGCGGGGAGAGAGUGCUGAAAACUCCACUGUAAACAGCCACCUCAAUCAUCACCAUGGUAAACGUGUUCUACCAGACCCUUGCCUUCCCCCAGGCUUACUCUUUGAAAAAGAUGAUGACGAAGAACACACCCAUUUUUUCCAUGGGACAGGGGAUUACCUAGCAUGUCAGAAGGCUGUCUAUUCUCUCCUCAAUCUCUCAGCCCCGUGUGAACAGGAGGUUUGUUCUAUGAACGGGGUUCACCAGCCUGAGAUUUCCUUCCAGAAGACAGAGUUUUACGGCUUCUCAGAGUUCUGGUACACCAUGCAGGAUGUAUUCAGUAAGGGAGGCCUGUAUGACAAGGAAGAAUUUCAAAAAGAGGCUCAGAAAUUUUGCAGUACAAAGUGGACGACCCUCCAGUCUCGUGUAGAACAGAAAUUGUAUCCUAAUGCAGAUGAUCAACGAAUGAAGACAGAGUGUUUCAAGUCUGCAUGGAUGACUACUGUUCUCCACCAUGGCCUCAAGUUUCCAGUGACCUACCACCAACUCCGUUCUGUUAACCUUAUAAACAAUAGGGAUAUCCAGUGGACGCUAGGAGCCCUCAUUCAUCGUACUCGGUACCUACCACUCAGGGAUAUAGAAAAAUUUGAAACUCAGCAUGCACAGUUGUCCAGUGUAAAGAAUUCCUGGUCGCUUUACAACAGCUAUGUGAUAAUUUUAUGUAUUGUGGUUGUGGUGAUGGCAAUCCUGUUAUACAUGCACCGCCUUCAGUUUCGACUGUUUCCUACAAGAAAAGAUCUGAAGAAAGUGCCAUCACUUCCCUUCUUCAACAAUGAUGAGGAUCAUUCUGGUUAUCAGUAUGCUUGACUGUCAGGAACUCCGAUGAUAUUGAAAAACUGGUUACCAGUAUGCUUGACUAUCAGAAACUCUUGAUAACAGUGUAAAUCUGGUUACCAGUAUUGUUGACUAUCAGAAACUCCGAUAAUGGUGUUUAAAAACCUCAAUCUUACAAUAACAUAGGACAUAGUUAACUGAGAAAAUAUGACACAAAACUUCCAUGAACACUGUAAUACAUUUCAGGUACAUUUUGGCCUACCACAGAAUAAUAGCUCAAAUGUUGUCAUAACAUUUAAUCUUGUAAUUGUAAUCAUAUGAUAUAUGUAAGCAUAACACUAUCACAGAAAAACUAACAAUGUUUUUGUUAUCAACUAAAUAUGAGAAACUAUUAAUUGUACAAUUAACUGGGGAAUACCUAGACCAGCAUUACAUAGUCAUGAACCCGCUAAACCAUUUUCAAUUUCUGAUCACCAUACAGGAUAACCUGUCUAAAAAACACUAAAUUUUGUAAACACAUGAAAAAUCCAUCUCGGAACAAUUAUCUGUAUUCAUUUAAGAAAUCAUGUAUUUUUGAAACCUGAUGUAAACGAUCUGUGAUGAGGAUGAUGACUGUAUCAGGGUGUAUAUUUUUUUUAUUUGUAGAGAGAUGAUAAAAAACUUUGUACUUUUGUCGUCCUACAGUUAGCAAUUAGAGUUUUGAUGAGACAGAAUUAAAUUAUCUGUGUAAGUAAAAUGUAAAGUGAAAGCAAGAUGAAUUAAACAUUGACAACACUCCAUUUGAACUGACAUCUGUAAUGAGUAUCCUGAACUGUGUAGUAAGAUUGUAUUUAUGGGGAAGGAGAUAUCAUUAUGAAUGAUCACUUUAGUGAAAUUAUGAAAACAACUGGGUACCAGUAUAUUGAUUAUAUAGAAUUAUUUGACAGGUGCUACUGACAUGUUUGAUAUUUCAAAAUACUGGUUUAUCAUUUAUCAAUCUAUUUUUUAAAGUUAAUUGAUUUUGUUAUCCGAGGAAAACAAAAGUUGUCAUAAAGAAUUACAUUGAGUUUUUCCAUAGAUUAUGUUAUCUCACAACUACUCUAGCCCCUUUUCAGAGUAAUAACACCUAUAUCAGACAUUUUUUAUUUAAAAACAGUUGUAAUAGGAUCUAGCGCUGAUUGACCGAAGGUUCUCUAGGUGUCUAUGGUGAGGUCACAACAUAAUGAUAUUAUAUGCAUUGUGACAUGGGUGGGGUGGCAGAAUUCACAAUAACCAACCAUGUGGAUAGCCUUUCAUUGGCAUUUCUUCUGCUAGCAACAGUUUGAAUCUCUGAGAAAAUCGUUUGCUUUUUAAGUUCUUUAUUUCAACAGUAGUGAGAAAAUGGCUUCAAAGUUUUCAUAGUGUUUUCUUGUAAUUCAUAUAUUUUUGUAUAUUUCAUUUCUUUUGAAAAACAGCGCAAGAGUCAAAGAAAUUUUUUAUAAGUCUCAAAUGUUUCCUUAACUCAACCAAAGUUCUCCAAUGGAAAAAGAUAACAUCUUUAGUGACUUCUUCAAUAGAAACUAUAUAGAUUAAGUGGUUUACAUCAUGUGUUUGUGAUGUAUUUUAAUAACAUAGGCAUAUAAUGCCAGUAUAUCCUACAUAUAAAAGGCAAAUAAUGUCACUGUAUCUUUAUAUAUCAGCAUAUCCUACAGAUACACUGUAUAUGUGUAUAUGUCCUACAGAUACACUGUAUAUGUCCUACAGAUACACUGUAUGUGUGUAUAUAUCCUACAGAUACACUGUAUGUGUGUAUAUAUCCUACAGAUACACUGUAUAUGUGUAUAUAUCCUACAAAUACACUGUAUGUGUCUAUAUAUCCUACAGAUACACUGUAUGUGUGUAUAUAUCCUACAGAUACACUGUAUGUGUCUAUAUAUCCUACAGAUACACUGUAUGUGUCUAUAUAUCCUACAGUUACACUCUAUGUGUGUAUAUAUCCUACAGAUACUGUAUAUGUGCAUAUAUCCUACAGAUACACUGUAUGUGUGUAUAUAUCCUACAGAUACACUGUAUAUGUGUAUAUAUCCUACAGAUACACUGUAUAUGUGUAUAUAUCUUACAGAUACACUGUAUAUGUGCAUAUAUCCUACAGAUACACUGUAUAUGUGCAUAUAUCCUACAGAUACACUGUAUAUGUGUAUAUAUCCUACAGAUACACUGUAUAUGUGUAUAUGUCCUACAGAUACACUGUAUAUGUCCUACAGAUACACUGUAUGUGUGUAUAUGUCCUACAGAUACACUGUAUAUAUCCUACAGAUACACUGUAUGUGUCUAUAUAUCCUACAGAUACACUGUAUGUGUGUAUAUAUCCUACAGAUACACUGUAUAUGUGUAUAUAUCCUACAGAUACACUGUAUAUGUGUAUAUAUCCUACAGAUACACUGUAUUUACAUUAAAACACAAUGGAUUAACAUUGUUACUUGGUGAUGUUCCUUUAAGUGUUUUUUAUGUUGCUAUACUUAUAUCAUUUUC